AUGUUCCUUUCGUACUGGCUGCUUAUCUUUCUGUCUGUGGGACCGCAGGUUGCCCUUUGCUCUCUCAAACUCAAUAUCUCAGAGAUUACCGAGUGCGAGCCGGUUUUUGUAUCCUUUCGUGGACACUUCAACACAUCACUUCAACAGGUCCCAAUUUCACUCCAGAUACUUCCAUUCAACUCCACUCCCAGCUUAAUUCCCCUCCCGAGUUACGCAGCAAAUUCGACCGGUGUCAAUGUCACCUUUCUACCUAUUCCGGCGAACACAGAAUUUGUCGCGACGCUGGUAUCUCCUUCGGGUAGCAGCAUAUCCUCUGUGUCUGACGUAUUCGAAGUGAGUACAAGCUCUCCACAGAAUACGGCAUGCAUUCCGCAAAAUACGUUCAUCCCCGCAUACAAAAUCUUGAAUCCCGCGAAUUUUUCUCAGUGCGAAAAUUUUACUGUCAACUACAGUGGGCGCAGUCCGCCGGUCGUCGAAUUGUUUAAUCCACGAGGAUCUGCUUACCCUUUGGAUCUCACAUCAUUCUCAAACAAUACAGCAACGUACAACCUCGCAGCCAUCCGACAAAGUCAGGUCAUGUUGAAUUUCAUCUCGACUGACGGAGUUCAAGGAGAUGCUUUCAGCUCUACUUCAUGCUUCCCAACAUCCAACCAUACAGAUCAGAACAAUUCUAAAUCUAAAUCUGACACCGGAAAAUCUUCUGGUAUCUCAAAAGGAACGAUCAUUGGACUGAGCGUUGGACUUGGUGUGAUCGUGAUACUGGCAAUCCCUAUGGUGUGGCUUGUAAUUCGAGAAAGACGAAGGCGCAGACAAAUUGCUACUCGGAUAGAGUUCGAUGGAAGCCGUAUGGAAAGACAACCUUCCCAAUACUUGCCUACAAUCAAUGAGAAGGGGCCACCUCCACCUCCACCAUUUUUUGGAUACCCAGGCUACACGGAGGGACAAUACGUUAGAGAUCCAAUGUACGUUUCAGAAAAGUACUCCCCCACCAUCAGCGACUAUCCCAGAACCAGUAUUUCCUGGGAGUACAUUCGUAGGAACUCGGCAGAGCGUCAGGAUAACAUUAAUAGCUCCGAGAUGCUACGCCAAUCUCUUAGGGCCAGCAUGAGAUCAAGUAGCUUGAAUAUGCUUUCUUCGAGUAACAUCGAGAAAAUGUUGGAUAUUGCAGCACGUGGCCGGGCAUCUGUGGAUGCGCUCGGACUCCAUUCUCCGCGUAGUGCCCGCUCAAACGACAGCUUUGGAUUUUUACCUGUCUCCCCUCCGCCGGCUCUCCAUCGUAUGUCCCUAGGCGAUCGCAGAGCUCCGGACGUACCACAUAAUCCAUCAUUCUUUGCGGAUUCAUCGAUUCUAGUAGACCAAUCCAUACCUUUGUCAGAGUCACCUGAAUCAAUGGGAUCUCUUCUACGUCCCGAGUCCGGUACCCUUUCUCCUUCCUCACCUGGGGCGCCACAAAGUAGCUUUUCAUUGGCUCAACCUCAGAGGGCGGUGUUGAUUGGAGUGCCCCCUUCUUCGAGAAGCUCUCAACCGAAACGAAGCGCCAGCCCUAGAACAGUUUCGAGAGAAAAUUCUAUGGCAAAACUUGUAGGAGGUUCGCGACGCACUGCUAGUCAUGGAAGUCGCUUCAGUAUGGAUAGUUCGGAUUUGGAAGAAGGGAGAUUUUACACAGAUCAUUUGAAUGAAUCUUGA